AUGGCACGGUUGUUUAUUGGAUUUUGUUUUGCGGGUUCUUCUAUACCUCGUAACAAGUCAAAAACUAAUUCAAGUUCUGGCCUUCCAAUCAAUAAGAACUCGCACAAUAAUAGAGCUGCAGUACCACUCAGUGAACCGGGCGAAAAACAUGAGUACAUUAUGAACACACUAAUAGAACCUUUGUUCCGGGAAGGGUUGAGGAACUCUGAGAGAAACGAUUGGAGGCAGCUAAUCGAGAGGGUCCUGAAGGUUGAGAAUACACCGGAAAAGGUAUCUCGGUUUGAAGAACAGGUGCAGGCACAAGAAGAUAGCCAAACAGGGCCAUGUAGCCUGGCCAACCUUGAUGUGCUUUGGAGGUUCUAUGGCGCACCCGUGUCAUGCUCACUUGCCUCGAAAGGCUUUAUUCCAACCCUGCAGCUAUGCGAUUCAGAUGAAUGUGGCCUGUGUUCGGUUCUAAGACAUGAGAAGAGAGGGAUUUGUACUACAUCGAGCAGUAUGGCACUAGAGUAUAUUGGAGAUGUUACGGUUAGGAAGGCUGUAAUAUUGUGCAAAGUGGUUCCAGGGAGGAUAGACUUGACUAACUCGGAGAAAGAACAUGAUCCAUUGAGUUGCUUUAAUCCAAGUCACAAUAGGAAGGCUACGGUUUUAUACGUGAGAAACAGCAGUGCUCUUCUACCUAAGUAUGUGGUACUGUUCAAAAGAAAACAAUGUGGUAAUUGGCAAAAUUGA